CCACGCGUAAUCUCAGCCGCGCCUACGUAACUGCGUGGAUCCUGAGCACGUGAACACAGCCUGACUCCCAGAGCCGAUGACGUGGGCAGCCGAAGCGGACGACAAUUCAAUCCUUCAGAGAGCGUUGUUGGAUUCUGCAACGACUAUACUCUGGUAGGAGGAAUUCACAGUGGCUAUGGCGGGUGCAAGAUAUUGGACCUGCUCGGCGUGCAGACCGCAGCGAGAAGCACUGCGAUGGUGCAUUUCCAGAUCAGCAACUCCGACGGCGAAUCGUCGCGGCAAUCGAUGCUAUUCCAAGUACUCGAUAGAAGAACCUGUGUUUGAGCACAUGGAUAUUGAGCAUGUUAUCUCAAAGUACUCGAAAAAUUCCAGCACGAGACUGACGUUGCAAGACCUGCUGCAAUUUGGAAAACCACCAGUAGCCGUCGACAAGCUCGUUCUCAACGCGCGCCAUAUUAAGCGUGAACUACUGAGUAGUCUCUCUCGCCGCGUGAUCGCCCUGCGGAAUCUGCCAUACAUUAUGAUGCUCAAUCCAAACAUCUCACAGAUCUACCACAAAUAUCUUUCCUCGAUCGGGUUUGUCUACGGCAACGAGAUCUUCAAAGCAAAGAACGUCACCACCGAGGAGGAAAACCGGCAGUUUGUCGACGCCCUUCAAAAGAUGGUCGACGAGCAUACUGAUGCGAUUCCGAUCUUGGCCAAGGGCGUGGCCGAGUCCCGGUCUUAUAUUAGCAGUACGCACGCCAAUGCGUUUUUAGAUGAGCACCUGAGAGCUCGCGUGGGAACCAGAUUAGCGGCAAAGCAUCAUAUCAUGCUUUCGCACCAGAGCUCGCCGGACUACGACACCUCCAGACGCUAUGUCGGCAUGGUCGAUACCAAUCUCAAACCCGCGGAGAUGGUGCAGUCGGUCGCUGAUUUGCUCUCUGAUGUGUCUGAUCUACAGUAUGGCUUACGGCCUCAUUUGUUGGUUGAUAAAGGCAGUGAUAUCGAGAUCGAAUAUGUCUCGGAACAUCUGGAGUACAUUCUCACCGAGCUCCUGAAAAACUGCUUCAGAGCAACAGUUGAGCAUCAUCUCGGCCAGUCGUCGUCUGCGGAGUAUCGGAUGUCUAGCAGCAGCGCUUCUGAAAGUCGUGGUAUUUUCGGAGGCAAUAUAUCUUCCAUACCUCCUGUGCUCGUCACAAUCACCAGCACCCCAACUGGCAUACAAAUCCGCUUACGCGACCGGGGCGGUGGUAUCCAAGAUGACAAUCUAAAGAGAAUAUGGGGCUACUCAGAGUCCACUUUCGAAGGAGACUCACGCAGUGACGGGUUCAAGACGUUGAACACGCCGCCACCCAGCGUUACCGGAACCGGAGGCAGCUCGAUGGGUGGUUUGGGCUAUGGUCUUCCUUUGAGCAGAGCUUAUGCUGAUUAUUUUGGGGGUGAUAUAGAGUUGGAAUCCAUUUAUGGGUGGGGUGUAAGUACUCUAUUUUUUAUUUUGGUAUUAGGCACUGCUGAUUAUUGUUUAGACUGACGCAUACAUUACGCUCCACUGCCCAAGGACCGGUGAAUAGAGAGAAGAAAUAAUGAUUUGUCUAUUAAUAA